CCAAAGAAGCAAAGAUCACGUCCUAGUAGUGGUAGAUUCGCAUUAGACAUCGGGCAAAAACGAGUCAACAACGUCGUGGAGCCAGGAAUUGGACCCAAAACCAGACAAGUCUCUCUCUCUCAUGGCGGUGGUAUCGAACGCCUGGGGUGCCCCUCAACCCGUCCGCAUCUCUCUCGCUAAAACUCCCCGUCUCUCCCCACUCUCUCUCGCUCGACGGAGGUUCUCUGCUUCCUCCCAGAGGGCCCCGACCGAAGGGCCGCUCCUUCUCCACGCUAAAGAGGUCGCUGCGCCGUUGGGGAAUUCCCGCAAACACCUCAAGGGCAAGGUAAGGGUCUUCUUCUUGGACGUGAAUCCCCUCUGCUACGAGGGAGCCGAACCCAGCCUACUUUCCUUCGCCCGCUGGCUUGCACUUUUCUUCGACGAAGUCAGCCUGCGCGAUCCUGUCAUUGCUGUAUUGGAUGGGGAAGAGGGGAAUGAGUACAGGAGGCAGCUGCUCCCUUCAUAUAAGGCCCACAGGAGGAGGGUUUUGAGGCAAUUUUUGGCAUCGCAGAGUUGUCGGGGUUUUGAUAGUGGUCUGAGCUCUGCUGAGCGGCAAGUCAUGGAUGUUCUUCAAAAGUGCAGUGUGCCGGUUAUUAAAGUAAACGGCUAUGAGGCAGAUGAUAUAGUAGCAACGCUUACAGAUCAAGUUUUACAAAAAGGAUUUCGAGUUGUUAUUGGUUCUCCAGAUAAAGAUUUCAAGCAGCUGAUAUCUGAGGAUGUGCAAAUGGUUAUGCCCAUGCCUGAAUUUGGUCGUUGGUCUUUUUACACAUUAAGGCAUUACCUUGCCCAGUAUAAGUGUGACCCAAGCUCUGAUUUGAGCCUUCGGUGUUUUAUGGGAGAUGAAGCUGAUGGUGUUCCUGGAAUUCAACACUUGGCCCCCAGUUUUGGUCGUAAGACAGCUUUGAAGCUCUUGAAAAGGCAUGGUUCUCUAGAAAAUUUACUCAAUGCAGCUGCAAUAAGAACAGUGGGUAAAGAUUACGCACAAGAUGUUCUCACAAAGUAUGCUGAUUAUCUACGGAAAAAUUAUGAGGUUCUUAGCUUAAGGAGGGAUGCUAAUGUUCAGCUUGAGGAAGAUUGGUUAUCAGAAAGAGACACUUGUAAUGACUCAGCAGUGUUAUCAAAUUUCAUUGCUAGGUUGGGUGAAGGCCAGAAGCAAGAUAACAGACUACGAAGAAAAAUAUGCGAGAGAAGAAUCUCAUAGAGGAAUCAAUAUAUGUUGCUGGUGCUGUUCGAGGAAAUGCAGCUGCUUGAUCAACUGGAGCAUGGAAUCAGGCUUCCUGCCUUGAGCUGAAAUUUUGUUUUGCUGCAUUGCUGUGCACAAAUACAUCCAUCUCCACUCCUUCAAGAGUCCCUUUUUUUUUUUUUUNUUUUUUUUUUGUGCUCUAUCAUGUCAAUGGAUGGCUAGUGCUCUGCAGUAUGACCAGGUUACCGGUAUCUGCUACACCAAAGUUUCAGAAGCAUUUGUAAUCUUAUAAAGUUGCAACUAUAUCUAUAACUGUAAAGUGAAUUGAGCAGGAGGAAUUUGUGAUGUCCCACUCCUAUCCUUUUUUGUACAGAUGUGUUGCGCUAUCCUGUGCUUGUCCUGCUACAAUGUUUUCUUUGUUUCUAUUGGUCCAAAAAAGCAAAAAAGAUUAUUAGUGCA